CGGGUUCCGGGCGCGGAAAGCGCGCGCGCCAGGUCGGGGGCGGGGGGACCCCAUGGAGGCGGACUCGGCGGCCAGCCCGAACCCCGGGGCUCCGGAACCGCAGGCGGUGGGAGCCCCGAGCACGAUCGGCAGCCUGCUGUGCCGGAUCCGUGGUAAAGUCUUCACCUGGAACAUUUUGAAAACCAUUGUUCUGGGUCAACUGCUGUCAUUAUGCAUAUGUGGGACGGCCAUCACGAGCCAGUACUUGGCAGAAAAGUACAAGGUGAACACCCCCAUGCUCCAGAGCUUUAUCAACUAUUGCCUCCUGCUUCUGGUUUAUACAGUGAUGCUGGCAUUCAACUCAGGCAGCGAUAAUCUUCUAGAUAUUCUGAAAAGAAAAUGGUGGAAGUACAUCUUGCUGGGAUUAGCGGAUGUGGAGGCAAAUUACCUGAUUGUCAGGGCGUACCAGUACACCACGCUCACCAGUGUCCAGCUGUUGGAUUGCUUUGGGAUUCCUGUGUUGAUGGCCCUCUCGUGGUUUAUUCUACGCGCAAGAUACAGAGUGAUCCACUUCAUCGCUGUGUUUGUCUGUCUGCUAGGUGUGGGAACCAUGGUUGGGGCAGACAUAUUAGCAGGGAGAGAUGAUAAUUCAGGGAGUGAUGUCCUGAUUGGGGAUAUACUGGUUCUGCUUGGAGCUUCCCUGUAUGCGGUUUCUAACGUGUGUGAAGAAUACAUCGUGAAAAAGCUGAGCAGACAGGAGUUUUUAGGAAUGGUGGGCUUGUUCGGCACCAUCAUCAGCGGCAUACAGCUAUUGAUCGUGGAAUAUAAAGAUAUUGCCAGCAUAAAAUGGGACUGGAAAAUUGCCCUGCUAUUUGUGGCCUUCGCCCUCUGUAUGUUUUGCCUGUACAGCUUCAUGCCACUGGUGAUUCAAGUCACGAGUGCCACUUCUGUCAACCUGGGCAUCCUCACGGCUGACCUCUACAGUCUCUUCUUUGGACUCUUUCUAUUUAACUAUAAGUUUUCUGGACUCUACAUCCUGUCGUUUACCGUGAUCAUGGUGGGCUUUGUCCUGUACUGCUCCGCCCCGACACGCACGGCAGAGCCCGCGGAAAGUAGCGUGCCUCCGGUCACCGUCAUCGGCAUCGACAACCUGGGGCUGAAGCUUGAGGAGAGCGGGCUCCCAGACACCCACUCUGCAGUCUUGUAGCUGGAGAUGACAGUGUACUCCCUGCGCACCCCCCACCCCCCAGAACACACAGUGUCCUCCACCAGGGGACACGACCAGGUUCACAGCAACCACUUCCACAGCACUGGAUAGCGGGCAUCCACUGGAAGGAACUUUGAACAAUGUAGCCAAAGUAGAAAUGCCAGACUAGAGCAGAACCCCUCCAAGGUGAGGGUUGUGUUUCUCCGUGAUCAUGACCAGUUCCACUUUGUGCCAGAGACAAGGUUGCCAGUCCUACCCAGGGCUCUGAGAGGCCUCCUGGGAGAAAGUAGCCAACAGUGGACUGAGCCCUGGGUCAGGAACAGGAACCUGGGUCUGGGUGGGUUUCCUUUGCUGGAAUCUUUGGGGGUUUUGUCCUGCUGGGGCAGUCAGUGUCCAUAGACCCGAUAGCUGAUGGGCACAGGUGGGGUCUAGUCACUGAUUGCAUAUGGCGGACACAUGGACCAGUGGGCAGUUCUGAGAGUCUUAAGGUGAGUGCUGGAGAAGCAUAUUCAUUUCACAUUUAAGACUUUGGUCCUGGGGUCAAUCGUGCCUUUGUCCAGCACCGCUGAGCUUCCAGAGGAAGACAGAGAGGGAUCAUCAGGGCAAAACGGUGGGAAGUAAAAUAGAAAAGGUUUGUCUGUGCCAUUCCUGGGAGGAGUUGGGGGCUGGGGGUUCGGGACCUGGCCCAACUGGAGCUAAAGGGGAGCGGAGUAAUCUAGGAACCCUCUCCCAAUUGUGUUCAGUGCCUCUGUCAUCAUUGUUGCUGCUACCUCUUUUCUCCUUCCUCCUCUUCUUCCUCCUCCUUUUCCCACCACUUCUUUUUUCUU